AAAGCAGUUGCAGGCCUUCCUAACGUCACACCCUGAAAUCCCUAUCCACCCAUCCCUGGGGUGAUUUUGGUGUCAUUAUUUGUUGUGGAUGGGGCUAUUGUCUUAACACUUCCCUCCCCUCAGUUAAAAUAGAAGACAGAGACAACAGGUGUCACAGCUUAACUUGGGACCUUACUGAAAACGUCAAGGAAAGUCCACCUAAAAGCAACACCUGAGAGCAAACCGCUAAAAGCCAUCCUUCUGAGAAGGUUCACUGCUGAAGUUCUUGAAGUUCUUAUCCCGUUUCUGACCUUCAUUUGAAGACUACACAGGUAUGGAAAAAUACAGACCGCUGCUCUGUAUCCUCUUUGUGACUUUGUCUUUGGGAUGUAUCAGGACCUCUGCUCAGAAUACUACAGAAGGUUUGAGCACUACGCCAGCAGCAACGGUCUUACCUGUUUCUAAUGGUAUUGUUACAACUUCUGAUAAAAACUUGGCACUUAAUGUGACCCACGGCAGUAUGGCAGCAGGUACAAACCUGAGCGUGGCAACAGGCUCAACCCAAAACGUAGGAGCAGCUAUAACCCAAAGCAUGGCACCAGGUACAAAUCAGAGUGUGACAAUGUCUGCAACCAAGAGUGUGGCAGUAGGCACAACCCAGAAUGUGGCACCAGGUGCAACCCAGAGUGUGGCACUAGGUACAAGCCAGAGCAUGACAGUGUCAGCAACCAAGAGUGUGGCAGCAGAUACAAGCCAUACCGUAACAAUGGCUGCAACUCAGAGCCUAGCAACAGGUCCAACUCAAACUAUGGCACCAAGAGCCAACCACACCAUAACAAUGGCUGCAACUCAGAGCCUAGCAACAGGCCCAACUCAAACCAUGGCACCCGGAACCAACCACACCAUAACAAUGGCUGUAACUCAGAGCCUAGGAACAGGCCCAACUCAAACCAUGGCACCAGGAACAAACCACACCGUAACAAUGGCUGCAACUCAGAGCCUAGGAACAGGCCCAACUCAAACCAUGGCACCCAGAACCAACCACACCGUAACGAUGGCUGCAACUCAGAGCCUAGGAACAGGCCCAACUCAAACCAUGGCACCAGGAACAAACCACACCGUUACAAUGGCUGCAACCCAAAGCCUAGCACCAGCUCCCACACAGAGCGCCGUAUUAAGUUCAGUCCAGACUGUGGCAGCAGCUGUAACACAGGAUAUACUGGCAGGAAACAAUUCAACAUCUCAGCCCUCCACAACAACAGCUCUGCCCGUUUCACCAAACAUCACUGUGGAAACUCUCCCAGGGAAUGUUUCCAGAAAUGAAUGUAGAAAGACACAACUGUGUGCAGCAGAGCCCUCUGAGUGUGACCCAUCCAAAGACAAAUCUUGCUUUUUUCUUGCUGCCCAGCGAAAGACUGGUCAGAACUUUAACUUUGCACUCUCAGGACAAACUGAUGGCUACAUUGCAGCAACUGUGUUGACUGCUGCCAAUGGGAAGGCAGUCACCUAUAUCUGUGCAAACGAAAACAAGGAAGUGAGAUUUUUCAGCGCCCUCUUGGAAAACGACAGACUAAUUUUUACCAAUCUCAGCGUAAACUCUGUGAAGGGCAAGGUCAACGGCAGAACAAUCCAGUGCACGUUUUUGGCUACAGUACCAGACCCUCUAGUUUCUGGAACUUCUAGAACACGCAGAGCUACAGGCAUCACCCUUUCGGUCUCAACAGGAUCCUACAACGCAACUUCUAGUAGUGUGGGAACACCAACCCCAGUAAUUUCGACAAAGGUUGACAACCUGACAGACAUUAAUGCCACUCUUGUCAACGAGAUCUCCCCAAACACAACAGCUUCACCAGGAGAAAACAUGACAGCUUUUCCUGUAACUACCAGCUCUGCUGCAAUGGUUCCACUUCUUCAGACAGAUGUCUCUAACACUGGCUGUGGUUCUGAAAAACUAUGUGCAGCUGAGCCCUCUUCGUGCAACCCUGCUUCUGGAGGCACCUGCUCCUUUUUGUCUGCUAAGCAGAAAAAUGGACAGAUCUUUUUCUUUGAGCUUUCAGGACUGUCAGAUGGUUACAUCGGCUCUGUCUUUUCUCCUACUGCUGCUCAGGGAAACAACGACUCAGCCUACGUGUGUGCCAACAGCAAUGGUGCAGUUAAAUUCAUAACUGCUGUACUCAACGAAAACGCAUUAACUGAGACAUUGCUGAACGUGACGUCUGGCUCUGUGAAGGGCAAGGUUAAUGGAAGAAAAAUCCAGUGUGUAUUUGAGGCCACACUUCCAGAUACCACUAAUCGAGCAGCAGGUUACUCAGUGUCAAUCUUAAGUGGAACUUUCAAUCUCAGUUCUGGAGCUUUAGGAACUCCUGAAAUCCUUCUGAGAACCAAUGUCGUAAACCUGACGGACCCUACAGCUAACAUCACCAACCUUUCCAACACCAAUGAUACAAAUUCUGCAGUCGUGCUUCACCACCAACCUUUAACAAAAGUUCUGCUAGUUCCUGUUGGUGUCCUGGCUCUCACUAUCCUAGGACACUGAUUUGGACCAUUUCUCAUCCAUCAAGAAAUAAAUGUACACUUUGAAGCCAAUUCAGAUUAUUCUUUGUAGAUUUUCUUUAAAGUCAAUUUCUGGAUUAUUUUAAGAUUUGUCAAAUGUUGUACCAGUACAAAACAAUGAAGAAGAGUUCAAUGACUUGUGUGCAAGUAUUUAAAUGCAUGAAUGUUGUAUCUCUGCUCCUUCAAAGAGGUAUAUUAAAACUCCAUUUUGGAUAUUACAGAAAGCUUUGCCACUGUUACAGGUAUUUAAGAGUUACAAGCUAAAUUUAUGUGCUUUUGACAUGAACAUGCAGUUUUUAUAAAGGCUUAUAACUUUCUGACCCUGGAAAUGUUACCUUAUAGAUGGGGAAAAGGGUAGAAAUUGAUCAUUUAUGAUUUAGUGGUUGAGACAGAAAGUAAAAUGUUUACAACCAAAAAAGUUUGUAUGUCUUCAUAGUGAACAAAAACAACUGUGCAUAUUUUUAAUAUGGAGAACAGAUAAUAGUUAUACACUCUAACUGGAUGCCCUAGCAUUUUGCCCCAACAUUUUGAACAUAUUUAUUUAAAAAUUGUAUUCUGCUCUGAGGCUUCUGCAAAUAAAUGAAUUGUUUUUUUUGUCAAAACUCUGUGUAUUUUUUCUCUUACCUUUUUGCUGUUUAUUAUCAUUCUACCCAUUCCAUUGCUUCAAGAUAAUGAUAAGAUUUUUUGAAUGGCUUAAGGUGUUUUAAGUGGUAAAUUUGAAAAUAAAUGAAUAAAAAAAAUGAUGGCAAAAGUAAAAGUUGUUUCUGCCAAUGACAGAUCAUUUGUAUGAAAAAGCCAUGGAUGAAUGCAUCUGCAAAGUGACACUGCUUGUGAAAGUUUUAAAUAGAAACCAGUGUAACCAGUGGGAAUUUAAUGAAGCGUCUCAAAAGCUUUUAAGAAGCCACAUAAACCAUAAAAGCUGCAAAAAAAAAAAAAAAAAAAAAAAA